AUGGCGACGAAUGAGAGAAACAUCAACUUCCCUCAAGACCGAGGUCGAGAAGACCCCAUCUACAAGCCCGCGACAACUCCCAGCGAAAAUGCAAAAAAUUCUGCAGCAUUCAUCUUCGUCCACGGUCUCGCAGACAGUGCAGCAGCAAUAGAAAACGUCGGCGACCAAUUCCAACAAGGAAACAAACUCCCCUGGCUGAGCUGGAUCUUCCCCAACGCCAAACACAACCCCAUAACAAUGGACAAAGCCUGGUUCACGCCCAACAGCCUACCCUACCUCACACCCUCACGGCCUGAGCUCGUACCAGACGAAGACGAAGAAGGCAUGCUGGAGACUGUCGCGUAUCUCGAAUCACUGAUAGACACCGUCGUCGAAUCCGGCACACCACCAAAUCGCAUCGUCCUCGGUGGUUUCAGUCAAGGCUGCGCGAUGAGUUUACUUACCCAUCUCACGUCCUCGAAGUAUAGCGGGCAGCUGGCGGGGAUCGUGGGGCUGUUGGGGUAUCUGCCGCUGUCGGAUCAGAAGCAGCGGAUUCAGGAGAUUCGUACUGAGAAGGGCCUGAAGUGGAAUGAGGAGCGUAAGGUGCCGGUCUUUCUGGCGAGGGGCACGAAGGAUGAGUUUAUUCCGAGGAGAGCGUGGUUGUACACUGUUGAUGCUUUGAAGGAGCUUGGCGUUGAGGAGAGUGUGACUGACGUCCAGAUAUAUGAGGGCUUGACGCAUACGUUGAAUGGAGCCUUGCUGCGUGAUCUUUGUGUGUGGUUGGAGAAGGUAGUGCCCGCAAUAGAAUGA